AUGUAAAUAAAAAGAAUUUCAAUUGAAUUUGGAACAUAUGAAUAAAUGUUUGAAGGGAAUAUGUCAGUGGCAGUUAGUUAAUAAGAUUUGGAAUAAGAUACUUAAUCUUUUUUUAGUAAGGAUGAUCUAAAGAAUAAAUUUAAACCAUUUUAAAAGGAAAGAAAUUCUGUUGGAAAAUUAAUCUAAAGAGCUAAAAGUAACGAGACAACAUCUAGAUUUCAAUUUUUAAAAAGUUAAGAAUUAGUUGUGAAGCCAACAAAAAAAAAGAAAAAUUAUAAUAGUAAUAUAAUCUAGAAAUGGAGUACCACAAAUCUAUUAGGACUUAAAAAAAGAAAUAUUACUGCUGAAGAUUAAGAAGUUUCUUUAAGAUAACGUUUAAAAUAUUUUAGAGUUAAUCUUUAAGCAAACUAAGGCUUUAUAAAAUAGUUUAGAGAAUAUAAGAAAUAAUAAAACCCAGGGACAAUAUAAACAAGAGCAUUUUUAGCACCAAAAAGAGAGUAUUUUUACAAAGAUGUAAAGAGAAGCAUAAAAUAAAUGAUAGAGUCUCAAUCCAGGACCAGGUGUGUAUUCUGGAAAAGUAUUGUUGACAGAUCCUGGCGUUUCAAUUGAAUAUAGUAAAAGUCCAUAAACAUCGAAACAAUAAACUCCUAUUUGUCAGAAAGAUUUUUAUGACAUAUAAUUAAAAAAAAAGAAUGAAAAUACGCCAGACUUUUUAAGAACUAUCAGUAGAGAAUAAGCUUACUAAAGAAGUAUAUUUGCUUAGAUUGAAAUGUAAAAAAAAGAGAGCAUGGUAUUUUACAUUAAUUUAUGUUUUAUACAAGAAAUUAAAAAAAGAACAACCAUUAGAUACUAAAAAAAUUGAGUAAGAAAUUGAAUAUUUUCUUUCUCAGUAAUAAAAGUAUGGAAAAAUAAGUAUUUGAUUUCUCAAAAGUUAGAUUAUCAAAGAAUAUUAGACAAUAAUACAGAUAUUAAAAAGAUGACGAAACCAGAUACACUAGAUAAUACAUGGAAUAAAAUGCUGUAAGAAAAUAUUAUAUUUAAGGGAACGAUAUGGUUUUAAGAAAAUGAAAGGAGGAAAAAUUAUAAAGGAAAGAGUCUAAACAUUAUAAAAUGAGUGAGAAUAAUAUUAAUUUAAUACUUGAUACUUUUAUUUAGCAAAUAUUAUGAAUAAAAUUAG